AUGCCUAGGCGAGAAGUUGGCGGCCGAAUUUUGCCAUUUGAGCCUGGAAGCACGCAGUAUGAGGACGACGAGUUCCGGGGGCAGCGGCGGAGACCAUGGAUGUGCUUCCGAAUCGGCGCUCUGACACAGGAGUUCACCACGGAAAACUUUAUGUUCGUUUUCAGAUUAUCUCAAAACUUGAUUACUGGAUUUUUAGUUGUUUCAUCGAUAAAGUGAAGUCGACGCUUCUUGAGAAGGGAAUUCUUCUGGACAGCGAUCCUCUCAAAUACACAUUUGUAGACAUCGAUUAUAGUUUGGUAACGAAUCAAUUUUGAAUUCUAAAAUUGUACAUGGUUCUACAGUUGAACACGGAAUUGAAAGGGGGUCUAGAAGAGUGCAAGAGGAAGUACGAGCCGGGACCGCUCUCCCAUCCGAUCGUCAUUCUCAUUCUUGAUCAAUACGGUAUAAAAGAUUUUCUUAACUAUUAAAAAGUAAUUGCCUACAGACAUUAAUCAAGUCGACGAGAUCAUUGAGACGUAUGUGAACAACACGAACUUCUUCAAGGUUUGUUCACAUUCGACGAAUCUAAAUACACGUCGCACAUUGUUUCUAGCUCGACGUCCCGGAAGCACUGGAGAUGAUCCAAUCGUACGAAUACGAGAAGCUUGAGUUAGUAAAAUCUUUCAAGAAAUUGCCAAUGUAUUGCUUUAUAGUGAGAUCUGCGAAGAGUUCGCUAAUUAUCUAAAGGCAUCGGAGGAUGUUGUGGAAAGCAUUGCGAUCAGAUGGCCGGUUGAGGAAAGGUGCGAGUUUUUUCCUAAAAAAUUUAGACAGAUUGUUUUUCCAGAAUUCCAACAUUCGGAAGCGCCUUCGAUGCUCCUUUAGCCAUGCCACCCGCACCUCGCCAGCACCGCGAUCAACGGUAUAAUCAAAGGCGAGUGAGCUGGUUAUCGACUUCUUCCGUUUCACACCUUUAUGUUGCCCGACGUUGCUUCAGCAUAAAAAUGUGAAAAGCGGUCUGCAGAUGCUUUGCUCUGUUUAAAGGCACAUAACCGUUUUGAUGCGAUGGUCCCGCAGCGAUAACCAUUUUCCACGCGGUAAAAGAGCGAACGACCUCGAGUUUGUUGCGUUUCUCUGUGCUUCUGUGUUUGGAAAAAAACAAACAAGCAUUUUUUUAAGCGAACUUUGGCCUACUUCAGAAUUAUGGGGACAUACAGCGUAUGUUUUCUCCCGUGUUUUUCGUUUUUUACAUCGCUGAAUUGAGUUUUGUCACGUAAAAAACGAAAAAAACGUACACUGAUUAACCCCAUAAGGUUUUUUUUUCAAAUAUAUCACUAACUUCAAGUUAUAAAAUAGUCGGUUUUUCCAAUUAAAACUAGUCAGUUUACAUAUCGCUGCGGAAAAAACGACGGCCGAAGAAUGCGGCACGAUUUUUAGGCCAGUCGAGUCGAGCAUUGUGAAAAUAGAGGAAAUUUUUUGAAAAACUGACGCAAAACGAGGGAAACCUAAAUUUUCGACUAUUGCUGAUUACCGAACUUACCUAACCAAUGUUCUAUCUUGUUUUUUACUUUGAUACGUCUAAAGCUUUAUUUACAGAAACUACACCGGUCAAAUGGACAGAUAUAAUACUUGUGAGUAAAUAAACAAUCGGUUGCUCAAUUUGUAGAAUAUUUCAGAUUCAAAAGCUCCUCCUGGUCUCCCGCCUCCAGGUCUUCGUAAAACGAACGGGAAAGAGAUAGAUGAUCCAAGUGUGAAAUCCCCAAAACAAAGGCAAAAACGCUAAUAUUUUCAGAUUUCCUUGAGCCUCCUGGUUUGGCACCGCCCAGAUCUCCUGCACUCUCAUCGAUUGAUGAUAUCUCAGAUAAUCAGUCAAUUCUAGGACCUCCGGGUUUGUGAGAACCGACAAGCUAUUUCAAUUUUAAGUUGUUGCAGGUCUACUUCCUCCACGAGAUCCGGGACUUGAUGUUCCCCCGAAUAUUCAACUAAUUACUCGCGCGUAUCCUGAAUACAGCCAGCCAGGCUCAGAAGCGAUUCGGCCUGGAAUAUCGGGCGUAGAAAUGGAAGAAAUUGAAGGCGACCAUCUAAUUCCUCUUCGAAGUAUUCAUGCUGCCCGAACGCAAGUGGAGGAUUCUGACGAUGAGCGUGGAAUUCCAUUCAAACAAAACUACAGUCUUAUGGUUGGAUUGAAAUUGCAUCAUUGUUUUUUACUCAAAUCGAUUUCAGGCAAAUCACAUAAUCGGAGAUAGACUUUACGAGCGAUUCAAACAGCCGUUCCGCAAGCUCACGAGCAAUCUCGACUUGUUGUACGUGAUUAACUACGCAGUGAGCACGAAGCAAAAGGACGCUCACUCGGCUAGCAAAACCAUCCUUGCCCACGCAUUUGCCAAUGGGUUUGUCACUAAUCUUUAGCCCGAAUGAAUUUCUUUCUCGUUCAGUCUCACGUUAAAAUUGAAGAAGGCGUUUCUGGAUCGUCCCUUUAGCCACGGAAAUUGGACGGAGGAUGCCGCUGAAAUGCUCUUCGAACUCAUCAUGAUGCACUUUUACGCGGCUCGGUUCAAAGGAGGAUUCAUGUUGACAAUCGAUUCAUAUGUGAGUUGAGCUCAAUUCUAAUUCGCUCUGAAACAGGAUCGUUUCAGCUGCUGUCGUGGAAUGAAAUUGUUGAAUCGUGGAAUAUCACCCCGAAAGAUCGCCUUCACGAAGUGCAUGUUACCUCUUCCGAAAUCGAGAAUCUGAAAAAAGUUGUGGGUCAAGUCAAGAAAUGGAUCUAUCAGGCGGAACAGUCUCUCAAUGAGCCUAUCUCAUACCCACCGGAAGACGAUCGACGCGGAGUUCCAUCUCGUAAUCAAGAAGGAAAUCAUUAUCCGAGACUCUCUGAACAACGUGCCACCGAAACCUACGGGCAACAGAGAGACACUUAUCACAAUGAUAGAAGAACUCGCGAAGGAAGACAAGAUGAGUACACACGUGCGAGCGGAAACUAUCCCCGUGAAGAGCGUAUUCGCGAUCACGGACACAAUCAACAAGAGACCUACUACGAGACUGGAAGAGAUGAAGUGGAUUUGGCUGCUGAUCGGAGACGUUAUGCCGAAGAGAACCAAGUUGAAUAUUCGAGAGACAACUCGUUGGGGUUUCAUGGCGAGAACGGUCACAUUGUUUGCAAGGACGCCGAAGUUUCCUUUCCGGGAUCCGAUAAAACGAUAAUCGAAAGAACAUCUCAUAACGAGACACUGAAGGACAAACAAACAGACGAAGAAACAUUCUCACCUGAUCAGCCAGUCGUGAACUCGGAUGAGAGAGAAAAGCAGAAGUACAAGUACAACGAGAAUGAUUAUCAUCCGCCAUGGAUGAAAUGCGAAUUGAUUGACCCACCGGACGACUUCAAAAUCUUGACGUCUGUUCCGAUUCUCGCUGACUACGUCAACCCCGUGGAGCCGUAUUUGCGUCGAAUUCGAGAAGAUGGAGUUUACAAGUCAGCCACGCAUUACCUCGAUGUUCAAUUCCGUCUCAUGCGCGAAGAUCUCGUCAGUCCGUUGAGAGACGGAUUGGAUAUGUAUCGGAAGAACGGAACCUGCAGAGGCAAUCGAAUCGAAGGAGUUCCUUGUUCGGACGUGUCGAUCUUCAACAUCGAACGAGUGGACGGAAAACAAGUGACCGAGAGAGAUGGACUGGAAAUGAGAGUCGCGUGGCCGUCGCAGUUCGACAUCAGCAGACUGUUGGAAAACGACAGAGAGAUGAAGGAACUCGGACUGAUGAUGCUCUCAAAUGAUCGUUUUACCGAUGAUUUCCAUCUGACUUACGUGCAAUCGUCGUUGCUCAACGUGAAAGGCUGCCUGCAUUUGGUGAUUCUCGAGGAGACGGCUCCAUUCAAACCGAACACGUCGUACCAAAUGGCACAGGGAACGAGUUACUUGCCGUCUUACAAGCACGUGCUCGAGAACUUGCGAAGGACCAACCCGUUUAAACCACUUCCGUUCGAGAGAUACAUUGUGCACGGAAAGAAGGAGAUCUUCCGUCCCGCCUUUCAGAGAGCCGAAAAAAACGAGGCGCAGUUGGCUGAAGAAAAAAGAUUGGAGGUGAGAGGCAUAAGAACUUCACAAUAAUCGUUGCCCUUUUCAGACGAUCUACGGUGAAAUCCGAUCUAUCGCCGUCGCCAACCGCUACAUGAAAGGAAAAUCGGUGCCGGGGGGAACGGAUGUUGGUGGCGAUGACGACGAUUACUACUACAAGUAUUUGCUCGAAAUGAUAAUGGGUUUGAGGAAUCAUUUCAGCUCGGCUAAUCGUUCGUCUUCCAUGCAAAAAGAGGAUGAUUUUGAGUACGAACAGUUGAAAGAGCCUAUCUUCAGGCCACAGUUGGGAGUGCCGACCAGAGGUAAAUUAUUCUGAUGCGACUUUAAUAGCCAUUCAUUUUCAGGAAGCGAUGAUCAAAUCUUGAUCGGCAAAAAAUGGUAUCGCAUCUCGCGAAUGCUCGACGACUUCCAUCCGACGUACCUCGAUGAAAGCCAGAGACUCGCAUACAUCCACACGAUGCGAAGCGAGUUUUCCAUCAUCCAAGGACCGCCGGGAACCGGAAAAACUCACAUAGGAGUGGAGAUUGUGAAGACGAUGCUGCAGAACCGAUCACACUGGCGGAUGACUGAACCGAUUCUGAUCGUUUGUUACACGAACAGCGGAUUGGAUAAUCUGUUGGAACGUGUCUGGCAGAUGAUAGAGGAUGACGAGGAGCUGUCGAAGGAUAACGGAAAACCUCGGAUGAUUCGGUACGGACGGAAGUGCGACUCCGAGUUUCUCAAAAGACGGGGUGUCAUGCGACAGCAAGUGAACGAUCAGUACAAAGGAAAUGUCUCGGAUCGGUUGCAAAGCGAGCUGAGCAAGGCUGGCGCCAACAAACGGAGGAAGAAUGAAGCCCUUUCAGUGUCCAGCUACACUCUUUACUGUUCCCGCAAGUAUGCUCUAGUUCAUUCCCUCUUUCCAAAAUACAUUUUUCAGUGAACUUCUUUCUUACGACAUUUUGUCGCGAGUAAUGGAUCCAAAUUAUCAGAAAGAAAUUGCCAUUUUUGCUAUGGAGCACGUAGAUACGAAGGAAUGCCUACUGAAUUCUGAUGAAGCUCUCGCAUGCUGGCUACUUGAUCGCGAUUUCGGAAAAGCGAGUAAAGCACAGAUGAAAAGAACGAACAAGAAGCAGAACAAGUUUACGGACGUUCCUGACGACUCUGACGACGAGAAAUCGGCGUUUUUGACUGUGGAGAACUCUGACGAAGAGGAUGAGUCGAAUAUGGACGAUGAGAAGAUUCUCGACAAACUGUUUAACAAAAUGAAUGUGAGUUUGAAACGAUUAACUUGGAAAGAACAACGUUUUCAGCUUGAGUGCUCCGGAAAAGAUGUUUUGAAUGCUGUCGCUGGAGGAGAAGAAGACGAGUAUUUGACGAAUUCACGGUGGGAGAUUGUUCAAGAAAACCAGCCACAAGUUGUUAUUCUCAUGGGGAGAAAGGAAAAGAACGUAAAUAAUUUAUAAUGCACAAUCCGACGUGAGAAUCACACAUUUAGGGUCUUCCUGUUGAUGAGCAGAUUGCGUCUCUCGUUAAAGAUCUGAAGGGAAUGAUUAUGGCCGCACCGCCUCUCCGGAAAGAGGAACUCAGCGACAUCAAGUUCAUCUUUAGUCUUGCACGACCGAAAAGAUGGGCUCUUUACAACACGUGGUGUUCUGCUGUGGUAAAAUAAAGAUAAAAAGAAGCGAAUCAUCAGAGCUUUUUUCAGAGAAAGCUCGUCAUCGAGAACUUGCCGAAGCAGAUUCAAGAAUAUCGGACUGCUUGUCAAGCCAUGCAGAAGGCGUACGAGGUGUUCGAUGCGGAAGUGAUGAAGAUGCCGAUGGUUGUUGCAGCCACGACGUCCGGAUGCUCACGACUUCGUCCUAUGCUCGAGAUGGUGAAGCCGCGCAUUCUGAUCGUUGAAGAAGCUGCCGAAGUGCUCGAAUCACACAUUCUCUCCGCGAUGGUCUCCAGCGUCGAGCAAGUUGUGAUGAUCGGAGAUCACAAACAACUUCGCCCGAAUCCGGCUGUCCACGAGCUCGGUUUGGAGUACGGAAUGAAUAUUUCGAUGUUCGAAAGGCUGGUUGAACGAGGCCUGCCUUACCGUCAGUUGCGCGAGCAGCACAGAAUGAACACCACAAUCACAGAUCUGAUUGUGAAGCCGUCAUUCUAUCCGAAGUAAGCUCAAUUCACUAUUGCCAUGACAAGAUGUGAUUUUCAGUGUGCAUGAUGCAGAAUCCGUCAUGGGAUACCCAGAUGUCGAAGGAAUGGAUAAGAAUCUGUUCUUCUGGACUCACAGUGGGAAAGAGGAGACUCCAGACGGCAUCUCCUGGCUGAACAAGUCCGAAGUGAACAUGGUUGCUGCUUUGGUUCAACAUCUUCUCAAGCAAGAUUACACAUAUAAGGACGUACGUUGGGAUAGCUAAUGUUGGCGAAUAACAAUCGGAUUUCAGAUCGUUGUGCUUGCUACGUACGCCGCUCAACGCAACUACAUGUACCGUGAGUACGGAUCCAUUUUCGGCUCUCCGGAUACGGCGCUCGUUCCGGUGGAGACUGUCGACAGCUAUCAAGGACGAGUAUGUCACUUUUCCUUCUAGUUAACGCAUUCAUAUUUUUUCAGGAGAGCAAACUCACAAUUGUCAGUCUCGUUCGUUCUCAUCGAGGAGUGCAAGAGAAUUUGGGCAUUGGCUUUCUCGCUGUUGCCAAUCGUAUCUGUGUGGCACUCACUCGUGCUCAGCAUGGUAUGUACAUCAUCGGAAACGGCGGAUACCUUCAGAACAACUCGACACUGUGGAGAAACAUCGUCAGGAACCUUGACAAUCACAAUCUCAUCGCGUACGCUCUGCGCCUCAAAUGCACGGCGCACGGCAAUAUGAUCAGAAUCAACGAGCCCGAUGAUUUCAAAACUUGCUCACCGGAAGGUGGCUGUCUCGAUGAAUGCGGUAUUCAAAAAGAAUGUGGCCACGUGUGCCGCCGGCUAUGUCAUCCGCGCAUCGAAGCAGAACACCGGCACCCGUGCGAGUAUCCGUGCUCGAAAUCAUGCAAAAACGAGGACUUCCGCCAUGCAUGUCCGAAAAAAUGCCACGAGGAAUGUGGAAAUUGCACGAUUUUCGUCGAAGUAAAGCUCGAUUGUAAUCACCUGAUCACGACCCCGUGUAGUCGAAUUUCAAUUGCAAGAUGCGAUCAAAAGUAUAAUCACUGAAUCACAGUUUUCAUUCAUUUCAAAUGUAACUUUUAGGUGCAACAACUUUCUGGAUUGCGGACACAAAUGUCCGAACAAUUGUGGUGCCCCAUGUGUCGAGGUUUGCCAGGAAAAGGUCACGAUUAGACUGAGCUGCAAUCAUACGAAAGUAGUUCCCUGCUGGGAGCGGAUGCAAGACAAAUUCGACAAACAGUGUGUGGAACGGUGCGAAGAACGUAUGCUCAUUUGUGCUCAUCAGUGUGCCGAGUUGUGUGGAGCACAAUGCACUGUUGAGUGUAAAGAAAUCAUAUCAGUCCUAUUGAAAUGUAAUCAUUGGCAAGAUGUGAUUUGUUCAAACGUUGGAGCCAACAAGGAUACGAGCCAUAUCGAGUGCAAGGUGGAGUAGUUAUGCAUAGGUGUUUUGAGUUGAGCGCCGGCCGAUCGGGACAGGCGAGUGGGAGGGGCCUGGUUCGGAAUAAAACUGCCCAAAUUACGCGGGCUGUAACAGGUUGCCAGGUUGCUUCAACUGUCUAAAUUACUUCUAUGGGUCAUAUUCGUUCAGUUUCCACUCAUUUGAACCCACUACAAUAAAACGAAGCUUGGCUAAACAUUUUUUGAAAAUUGUUGGUAUCCUUUUUCACAGGAGGAGGGGGUCCUAUGGUUGCCGCUGGUUCGGAAAUUUCAAUCCGAUCGCUAGAUCGGAAAAAAGUUUUGACGCUUCUCAAACAUCCAGCACCUAUGUAGUAAUGAAACAUCAUAUUUUGAGUAGAGUUGUUGCAGACCUUCGUUCCAUUGCCCUUGAAACCGUGUAAUCACACCGGACAUGUCCAGUGUGGCCAAGAUCCAUCAACAGAGUUCUGCGUGGAGAGAUGCAGGGAAGAGUUGAACGAAUGCAAACACAAUUGCGGAAACGAAUGCGGCAUUUGCUACAAAAGUAUUAUAAAUUUCAGAAAUACCAACACUCAAUCAAUUUCAGCUGGAAAGCAUGUUUGUCAACAGCGAUGCGAGAAAUUUCUUGAUUGCGGCCAUGAGUGCAGCGCCAAAUGUGGAGAAAAGUGUCCGCCGUGCAGAUCGUUCUGCAGCAACAUGUGCGAACAUCAAAGCUGUGGAAUAGGAGAAAAAGGAUUCGGCCGCGAAUGCAGCAAUAUCUGCUCCUUGUGCGUCUCGAACUGUUCCAACAAGUGCAUGCAUCGCAGUUGUACGAAAUAUUGCUACGAAGAAUGUGAUGUGAAGACUUGCACAGAGCCAUGCUCCGAAAAGCUGAGAUGCGGGCAUGCUUGUCUUGGAAUGUGCGGCGAAAUGUGUCCAAGUGAGAAAACGACAAUAAAAACAAUAUUUUUAGUCGUCUAUUUCAGAAAUCUGUGGAACUUGUGAACGGGAGAAGUACGUGGCUUGUGUGUCGAAUAUGGAUAAGAGUUCGCAGAAAGUGCAUCGUCUUGUUAUGAAUCCAAAGUGUCAUCACAUUUUCCCAGUUGAAGCCCUCGACGAAUUGGUGAAAGCGCAGAAGGACGCUGGCAAGCAGCUACGAUGCCCGAAAUGCAACGCAGUCAUCACUGGUGUGCAGAGAUAUGCAAAAUACACUAAGAAGCGAAUCAUAGACAUCAAUGUGGUAGGUCAACAGAACGUUUCAUUCUGAAAUAAUCGCAUUUCACUUCAGCGGAAGUUGAGGAAAAUCGCUUGUACGGAAAAAGAAACGACGGACAUAAUGAUAGUAAGGAUUCGCGAAGAUGUGUCUGAAAUCAUCAGGAAGAUCGAGAACGUGAUCGGCACUCAAAACAAGCGCAGCGAAAGCUUCACAGUUCUGCAAACGUUUAAGACUAACGUUCAAGAUGUCACGAAAAGGCUACUAACCUCCCCAAAAACGACGACAAUAACAAGUGGAAGCUACAACACUACUCAAAUCUCACGCAUUGCUUCCGUGCGGCUGUCGAAAUGCUCAAUACGGCAAACAUCAUUAAACUUCAACGGAAACAGAUCCCGCCGAAUGUCGACAUGAUGAUUGGGCAGAUGUUCCCUGAAUCAAUAUUGUCGAGAAUGGUAACCGAGUUGAAAGAAUUGAACAAAUUCAUGAAAAACCACAUAUCAUCCGUCCUGCCGGGAGUUGUGAUGCCAACAGUGCGACUGCAACUAGCCAGAAUGACGGUUCUGUACGAGGUGUGUGAUUUUUCCAACAGUCGAUUGUUAUUUUAUCUUUUUCAGUUGGCAGUUAUGUGCAGCGCACUGAAAUCCAUCUCGGCGGGUAUGUCUGAAGACCAUGCUAAAGCCAUCGGAAAGUCCUGCAAGCAAUUCUACUUUGGCGAUGAAAGACAAAGCUUGGAUGUGCAUAUGGGUUCGAUAGAAUGCUUUGUUUGGUGCUCAAAACUCUGUUUCAGAAGAGUUCGAAAAGCUUCUUCUCAACGUCGUUCCCAAAAUCGGAACUAUGUCAUCGUUUUCCACGUGGAAGAAACUCAACUUGCCAAAAUUCUAA